AUGAUCCAGCAUUAUUCGAAGUAUUUGAGCGUGUUGAUAGAGUCUUUGACAGAGGAAGAAAUUCAGGAGGCCGUCAAGAUGGCAGAAGAGUGGAACAGUCAGGGUGUUCCUCCUGAGGUGCAGAUAGACAUCGCCAAAAAGAAAAGUGAGGGCAUGGUCCACCACUUCGCCAGUGAGAUGUACAAAUGGGCUGGAAUGAGGGUGUUUGUAUUGGCUGCGAGGAAGACAGAAGAGGGCAAGCUGUUGGUGACUGGCCAUGACUAUAACAAUGAGUUCGGUGGGGCGGAAAGUUUCACAAAGACCUGUGACUGGCAGGUCAUAUUGCCCGAGUGGGAGCCAUAUGUGAUGAAAUUGUUUGUAGAUGGUGAUGGCGAAGAUGAUUGUGUGGUGCAUAAGGCCGGGAGGAAGGAUAACACAUACAUACUGGACAUAGGAGACAGCAGUGUCCCCGUCCUCCUGAACUAUGACAAAAUGGACUCUGGAACCAGAAAGGUGGUGGUCCGAGCAUAUUUAAAUUGGCAUUACGCAGUGUGCUCUGGGAGACCGAAAGAUUUGGUUCCAUGGAAAGAACUAUCAUCCCGACAAGACAAGAUGCCACCAAGAAAGUACCUACCUGAUGGCACAAAAAUUCGGGAGCCCUCGAGGAUGAACCGGGAGGAAGCCACAGCCUUGCUCGAAUUCUGGUAUAACCGACAGGAGUCAUCAGAUGGUCCCACUCUGAAAUUCAAUGGGUGGUGGUGCAAGGAUCGGGUGGAGCCUCCUGUGAGAGUGGUAGAGUCAGACACUGAAGAGGAAUCAACUGUUAGAUCAUCAAAAGUGAAGAAGACCAAAAAGUCCACAAGGAAAUUGUCCCGGGAGAAGAAUCGAUCACAUCAAAUGGAUGACAAUUCCACUGGUAGCACAGAUGAUGACAGACCUGUCCAGAAAGUAUCGCAGCACCAGGUGCAAGUCAGAAAGACACAUGAUGUUGUUGAAGAAUCCUGGGAAGAUUUGGAGGCAGACUCUAACAAUGAUGAGCCUCACAGGUUGCUUGUCAAAGUGAAGCACAAGGAAAAACAGCCAAUGCAUCAUGUCUCAGCAGCUCGCAAGAAAUGCCAGCAUGAAGACUCAUCAGAAGAUUUGGAAGUUGAAGAACCUCAAGAGAAGGUGAAACCUCCAGUGAAGAAACCACGGGUGUUGGAGAAUCAACAGGUGAAGCAGAAUCCUGCUCGCAAGAUUGGACCUGCUUCUCGUACUGGUGAAACAUCACACUGA